AUGCAGGAGUACACCCAAAAGCGUCCCAGCGCGCCGUCCCGGGUGCAGCUGGUCCGGGCCAACACGGCGUCCCUGGAGGUGAGCUGGGGUCCGUCCCAGACCGCCGAGACCUACCUGCUGCAGCUGCAGAAGUACGACCUCCCCACCACGCCUGCCUCUGGCCCCGCCCCCAUCGCCACGCCCAAGAGCCCCGCCCCCAUCGCCACGGCGCCGGCCAACCAAGGCGUCCCGCUGUCCGGCCUCACGCUGGUCCAACCCACCGCUGCCUCCGUAGCUGCCGCUAAAGCACCGGCGGUCCUCAAGGUGGCAGCAUCACCGGGGGCGACAGCAGGCGGCGCCUCCAUCGUCACGGUGAGACAAGCCACUCCCAAACCCCAGGUCGCCAUGACGACACUUCCUGCCGGCGUUCGCAUGGUGGUACCGGCUCAGGCCGGUCAGGGGACGCCAAUAGGAAGCAGUCCUCAGAUGAGCGGCAUGGCGGCGCUGGCGGCGGCGGCGGCGGCGACUCAGAAGAUGCCCCCGUCCACAGCGACGAUGAUGAAUGUCCCCGCGGGAGCAACCAUUGUAAAGUCCAUGGCUGUGAGUACCCGGCUGUGA